AUGGCGCCAGCAGUCGAGGGCAGGAUGAUCGACCCAGCGCCAGCACCAACCAGACCGCGUGGCAGACCACGCAAGGUUCAGCCCGAGAUCGACCCUAGCCAGCCCUUGCAUCCGUGGGCGAGCGCAUCCAAGCCAGCAACGUCACGGCAGCCUUUGGAAGCACAACAGCCGCGCAUGCAGCGACCGAUGCCGCAAGUCGUAGUGCCCGCCUAUGCAUCCCAACAGCCCGCUUCCUACGGUCCACAACAGCAUGCAGCUGCUCUUUCGGCCCCUGCGUACUAUGCGCGACCACCAGCUGUUGCGGCACACCUCAACUACGCAAUGCCAGCACCACCGCCAGCACCCGUCCAAGCUCAGCCUUAUCCUCAGCUGGACGCUGUGCCGAGAAAGAAAUUGCCAACACGUGCGGAUCUCGACUUUUUGCUCGGUGGACGAUCGGGUUCAAGAGCUCGCUCCUCGACUCCGAAUCCUGCAGCCGCAACGACACGCUUCACCCCUGCACCAUCCGCCGCACCGACCAUGAGGCAAGCGUCGGCGGCCCCACCGCACCACCCAAAUGACGUGUAUACACAUGCACAGACUUCUCUCGCCGGCUCAAGUCGCGUGCCAGCUCCUUCUCAUGGCGCAUAUGCGGCGCACUCGUACAGCGCAGUCUCAGCGCCAUCAGCUCCACAGCCUCCACAGAUCCAUUCUGCAGCACAGGCCGGACCGUACACACACGCAGACGACCCGAUGAUGGGCGCACCGGAAGACGACGACGACGGACUUGCUCUCGGUGCAGAAGCAGUGAUGGAGUCCGACCACAAUGGCGACUCGUCGGACGCCGACGUCGAAGACGAGCUGCAGCCGCGAGACCUCGACGACCCCAACGACGCUGAUUUCCGCCCCAACGCCGCUGGUCGACGUGUCAUGACCAAGCGGCGCACUCGCGUCUCGCAGGCGGCGCGGCAGAGCCAGACGAGCGCGAGUAGCGUCGGCAAGGUGCCCGGCAGCGCCACCAAGCGCGCUCUCUCCAGCCAGGACUCGCCCGUCCAGAAGCGACGCGGGCGUCCGCCCAAGGAGGAGUACACGCCCGAGAUGAUGGAGCGCAUCAAGGUGGCCAACGAGAUCCUCGCCACCGCCACCACCACCAACGGCAAGAUCCGGCUCAGCUCGAUCAUCGACAAGCGCACGCGGCGCGAGCUGUCGCCCGAGAUGCGCGAGGUGAUUCUGCGCGCGCGCAACACGCAGCUCCAGCGCGAGCGGCGCGAUAAGCUGCGCGAACAGGGCCUGCUGGGUCCGGCGCGCCCGCCUCGCGAGAACCGCGGCGCCUCGGAGGCGGGCAAGCCCGAGAGCGCGGACGCAAGCAAGGCCAGGGUCAAGAGGAGGUACGUGCGGCGCAGCGAUGCGCGCGGGGACGAGGAGGCGGAUGCGGCUAGUGGAUCUGCCAUCGUGGCGCGCGCAAGGGGCAAGGUGUCCGAAUGGAUCAAGACCAUCAGCAGCGAUGCCGAGCCCAGUGGCGGAUCCGUGACAGGCGUCGAGGUGCCGCCUGCGAGCAAGAGCGACGCAACUCUGCGCGGGGAAGCUGGACCGGUAUCACAGCCCGCAGAGACGGCGCAGCCGGUUCAAGCUGAGGACGCGCAGCCAGAAGUCGAGACCCCAAAAGACGCCCAAGCAGAGGUCACACAGCCAGCAGACGCAGCAGCAGAUCCCACACGGCCUGCAGACGAACAGCCAGACGAUACGUUUGCGCGCUUCGCCACGGUCACGGGCCACGACGCUGCGAUGCACGCCGAGCCUGCGGACGCCGCUGAGCCCGCACUCGACUCGGCAGCCGCUGAUGCUGCACCGGCGACGGCGGUACCGGGCGACGAGUACUACUUUUCCACCUAA